CCUGCUCUGGCUGUGUCACCGCCAUUUCAAUGGUCAAUACCGUCGCUCCAGUCACUCCUCGAACUCAUCCCACCAUUCCUCCUCGCGGUGCCGAAAAAGAAGGUGUCUCAUUCACGCAAGGCGAUGCGGAGCGCGAACAAAGGAUUGAAGGAUAAACAGAACCUUGUUCACUGUCCCGGAUGUGGCUCCCCAAAGCUGGCACAUCACAUAUGUGCCAACUGUUACUCGAGCGUGAACCGUGCUUGGAAGACCAAGGCGAAGCAGCAGGGCGAUGGA